GGUCGCGUUCAGGCAAUCUUAUUGGCUGGGAGGAGUCAUUGGGUGGAGUUUAGAGAAAGGGCUGUGCAGGCUGAGAAAGAGACCGGUGUAGCUUUGCCUGCCAGUGCUGCGGGGAAGGUGCUCUGUUGCUCCUCUGUCUUGGGAACCUGGUUUCACUUCCCUCCUUGGCUGCCAUGGGCCCGGAAGCAAAGCUGCAGGUGGUCCCCCACCCCUACUGGCCUCGAGACUUGGAGCUCCAGCACUACGUCCCCAAUGACCGCCCCAUGUGGCAGUUCUUGGCUUUCCUUUUCUCCGUUUCAGGAGUGCUCCUGAUAUUUACCUGGAUGGCGUUGAGGUGGCGGAGCCAGAAGGAGGCUCCCUUGGGGACAUGGCGCUCCUUGGCUCUCUGUUGGUUUAUAAUCUGUGGUUUCAUUCAUGGGGUUAUCGAGGGCUGGUUUAGCCUUUACCACAGGGAGAUUGCCGGGGAUCAGUCCUUCCUCUCACAACUGUGGAAGGAGUACGCUAAAGGAGACAGCAGAUACAUCAUAUCAGACAACUUUACAGUUUGCGUAGAGACUCUCACAGCCUGCCUGUGGGGACCUCUCAGCCUCUGGACAGUGCUAGCUUUUCUUUGGCGCCAGCCUCACCGAUAUCUGCUGCAGCUGACAGUGUCACUGGGCCAGCUGUAUGGAGAUAUUCUUUACUUCUACACCGAAUAUCGUGACGGUUUCAGCCAUGGUGAAAUGGGACACCCCAUCUACUUCUGGUUCUAUUUUGUCUUCAUGAAUGCCUUGUGGGUGGUCAUCCCUUCUCUUCUCAUCAUAGAUGCCUGGAAGCAUCUCAGCACCAGCCAGAGAGUCAUGGAUGCCAACAAGCCAAAGAGGCACUAACCAACCUGCCAAGGGCCAGUGGUUCUGUGGCUGAGAGCUGGGAUAGCAUCGGAACCGUUCAAGGGUCGGUUGGUCCCUCUCUGCUUCCUUGUGUGAGGGGGUUCGUCCUUCUCAACCUUCAGCCACAGAUCCAUUCCACAUUCUAAUUUGGGAUAAUUCAGGCAACAAGUACCAACGUGCUGCUGAGACGCUGCUCACAACCUUUUCCGACACUGGACUUUAGUGACUUUUUUCAUACACAUUACUGAAUACACAUUGGGUUGAGCUGUAACCUCUUGCCCUGCUUCUGUGGAAUAAGGCCUGUGUUAAAACCGUGGUUUCCCACAACAGUGUCAAUCAUCAGGGAAUGUGGAAGCACUCCCAGUUUAAUUGUAUUGUAUGUAAAUCGCCUUGGGGAUCCUUCUGGAUGGGAAGGUGGUGGGGAACGUCACGCCAACCAACGAAGGAGGGCUGUGGAGCUCUAAAGUUCCCAGCCGGGAGCACAGUGUUGGGCCUGGUAUCCUGUGUGGCACAGGGCUUCUCUCUGUGCUCGGCCUUCCUGUCUCCCUUCAGCCUGGGACCAGUGUGAUUUUAAAGCUGCGGGAGAGAGAGACAGAGGUGCCUUGUGAGAGCUGUGUAUGUUGGCCUAUCCCAGCGAUAACAAGAACUCUUCUGAGCAUCAGAAAGCUCAAGGGAAAUGGCCGAUUAAGCUAUCUGCCGAGUGAGAAGCUGCCUUCAGAUCAGUGAAAUCUGUAAAGGCUAACAUCAGGCAACAGUUUGAAGUAGAGUGGCAUGUUCUGUAACUCUGAUAAAGGAUUUGAAUGUGAAGCAAUUUCAGGCCAUUUGGCUGCCCUUAUCCUUGCUGGGGAAAUGCACAUAUUGCAGAAAGCGCGGCUCCUUUUUAAUUAGAUUAGAUCUUGGUUGCUGAAAGAAUUGUGUUAGCCAAACAUACACUAGGACGCUUGUUAUAAUGACUGCGUUGCUGAAUGCUCGGCUGGCCGUUCAAAUGAAGAUGCCAAUGAAUGUGCCAAGAAGAUGCCAGACAGGAUAAUGGGAGGUUGGACCCCCUUGGCUCUCUCCAUGGAACUGAUGGCAGGCAGGGGGUCAUGGUGCGCUAGAGUUAGAGCAGAGCUAUGGUAUCUUCACAAUGAGCUUUCUCUUCUACAACUCCUAUCUCUCCCCCCCC